CUAAUUGUGUGACCCUGGGCAAGUCACUUAAUCCCAAUUGCCUUAGAGGGAAAAAAAUAGUAAUUGAUAAAUAUGAGAAAUUGACACCUUGAAAGAAAACUAGGCUUCACACCUCUCAGGGAAAACUAGGCUUCACAUCUCCAAGGGAAAACUAGGAUUGACACCUCCAAGGAAGGAGGGGCUUCAGGAUUCCAGGGAUAGAUAAAAGGGCUGAAGUAAAGCAGAAUCAGAUAUUCCCUGCGAAAUAUCAGAGGAAAAGGCAGACUUUUGAGACUGAAGGAAACAUUUCAGAAGAAACAAAGCAACAUGUCCUCUUUCCUAAAGCCGACUGAAGAUCUCCAGAAAGAGCUCCUCUGUUCCAUCUGUGGCAACUUCUUCACAGAUCCAGUGUCUAUUGAGUGUGGCCACAAUUUUUGCCAUUGUUGUAUCCUCACAAACUGUCAGGAAGCCUCUACCUUCUUCUGUAUAGAGUGCAAGAGGGUCUCCCAGCUGAGGGAUUUCAAAGCCAAUAAACGACUUGGGAAACUGGCUGCCAUUGCCAAAAAACUGAAACCCCAUCGUUCACAGGACUUUGAAGACCGUGGCAAGUGUGAAGUGCAUCAAAACAUGAAGAUCCUGUUCUGUGAGGAUGACCAGAGGCCAAUCUGUGUGUCUUGUUCUCAAACUCAGGAACAUGAGGCUCACACACUCUAUUGCGUGGAUGAGGCUGCUAAAAACUUCAGAGAAAAGCUCCAAGAAACUAUGACUGAUUUGAGAGAAAAAACUAAGAAUGUUGUGUUUCAAAUGACCAAGGAGAAGACUAAUUUCAUAAUAUUUAAGAACCAAAGAGAAAUUCAAAAGAAUAAUAUUUUGUUUGAAUUCCAAAAAAUGGAACUAUUCCUGCAGGAAGAGAUAGAUUUCUAUCUAUCAAGUGUGGAAACAUGGGGAGCAGACAGUUCAGAACGCCUGAGCAACAGAAUUAAUGUACUGUCCCAUCAGCAUCAAGCAUUCAGGAAGAGGAUCACAGAGUUAGAGAAAGAGUGCCAGAAAUCGGAUCUGGAUUUGCUUCGGGAUAUGAAAGGAAUUUUAAGCAGGAAUCAAUGUGUGCUACAAAAGAACAUGGAACCCUUCACCAUAUAUAUGACAAUCCCGCCCAUCCUAGAGGUUAUGGAUUGGGUAUCCAAGUGGAAGGUGGACAUUGUUUUGGAUUGCAACACAGCUGAUCCAGGUCUCAUCCUAUCUGAAGAUCUGAAGAGUGUGCGGUAUGGAGGGAUCCAAAGGGAAGCACUCAACAUCUAUGAGAGAUCUAGAGAUUUUGCCAAAGUUCUUGGUGCUUCAUCCUUCAUUUCAGGAAGAUACUACUGGGAGGUGCAUGUGCCAGACAUCAUUAACUGGUGUGUUGGCAUCUAUCAAAAAUUAAAAAACUGUCACAACUUCUUUAUUCUUAGUAGUGCCCUGAUACAAAAUGCCCCCUGUCUUUAUGUUAUGGCUCAGCACCAUCUUUAUUCCCACAUCCAUCUCAAAUACCGCCAGGUCUGUGUAGCCAAUUUAAAGGUGGGCAUAUUCCUUGACUAUGAACGUGGAGAGCUGUCAUUUUAUGAUGCAACACAUGGAUAUCUAAUUUAUACAUUUCCUCCCACUUUAUUCUCUGGAUACUUUCUGCCCUUAAUCUGUCUUCCUAAGAAAGAAUGUUCUCUCUCAAUCUGCCCCUAAUUGAGAGACAAAUACAUGCUUAUUGACCAACAUGGACUUCAGGCCCGAUAUUUUUUCAAAUUUUUUUUUUUUUUGAGAGAGUUGGGCUUAAGUGACUUGCCCAAGGUCACACUGUUAAGUGUCUGAAACCAGAUUUAAACUCGGGUCCUCUUGACUUCAGAGCUGAUGCUUUAUUUACUGAGCCACAUAGGUGCCCCGUUUUUUUCAAUUCUUAUGCAAUUUGUUAUCUGAAAAUAAUUGUAUCUAUAUGCCCUGUGACCGAUAAUAAACUUCUCCUAUUUUCUCUUGACUGCAAUAAAAUAUUAGCUAUAUUAUAUCAGUUAUAUCGGUGUAUAUUCUCUGUUUAUCUGGUACCUAGAAUGUUAAAGGGAAAGAAGGAAGGAAGGAAGUGUUAAGG